UUGUGUUAUUAACGUGCAUCGUUCUUUCUCACGGUGAAUAUAAAGAAUUCAUAAGGUGUACAAAGUGCGUACUUUGGAUUUAAUCGCCGGUCCACUCUGUAAUAGCCCGGUGUGGAAUUGAUAGCAGCGUUGACAUAAAUUCCUCGCGAGCGUAAUGAAAUAAAAACAGUCGCGCUUCUAUGUAUCGACUUUUUUAUACGUCGGCACGAGCCUCGCGUGAUUCGAUGUGGAACAGGACCAUAAUGCGGCGCGUAUCGUUAGUAAGAUUAAUGUCGCUGCGUUACAUUUAUUAGCUAACGCGUCGCAAAUGGAUUCACAAUGUUAUGCGCGCGAUUCCGACGAUCGUCGUUAACGCGAUUGUGUCGAUGCUUUGUCAGACAAUCCUAAUCGCUGUCUGCCAUCGCACUGGUUGCACCGUUUCGCUGGAACGUAAUUUCAGGCUCGGCGGCGCACGAAAGAAAGAGAGGAAAAACGGAUAGGAAAAAAGCGAUGAUCAAUAUGGAACUCGGUCGCAUCAGCACGUCGGCGGUCAUUAGGAUACUCCGCGAAUCGACCAGCUUCGCUUCAGUCGCCGGUAACGAGCUUCUUCAAAAUAGUCGGACGAUUUGGCAGUAGCGUUCCUCGUCAUGAUGAGAUUGACCUCGCCGACGAUGACGCCUUUUCAAAACCUCAAGUUUCUGAUAAUAACAAAGAAAACGAUGGGUUUGAUCUCUUGCAAAUUGGUGAACGGUCGGCUCAGGCCAGGCAGUAUCUGGAGCCGUUGUUACUGUGCGUUAUGGAUAUUGUUCCACUGUUCGUACACAGGUAUGAACCAUUAUAGAUGGUACACCAUGUCGUCUGCUGAUACGGUCGGAACGCUUUUCUUCCUCAACAUCCUGCGAUAUGACGUCUUCUUCGUCUCGUUGCUACCUUACCACUUCGUGGCGGUCUUUCGUUGUCGAGCUAUCACUACGUUUUCCGACAAGCUCGAGGCGUACGACGACAAAGCGACGAUAUUGGGACACCGCAGGAAGGACAAAUACAUAUUUAUAUGGUUGUGCUUCGCGUACACGCUCGUCACACUAACUAUGAAGACGUAUUACAUCAGCGUGGAUAUAGAACAAGGAACGGCGGCAUUGCUGAGGGCGAUAUUCGAGAUGAUCAUUCCUACCAUCAUCGGCACUUAUUGCGUCUUCAUCACCGUCAUAUAUCUCGACUUGAUACGCCAACGUUUCCGUCAUUUGAACGAGACGAUAGUGCCGCACGUGUCGCAGUUACCGGUGACCGGAUCGCCGGGCGAAAUCACAGUUUACGAUGUGCGCUAUUUGCACGGCGUGCUCAUCGACAGCGCCGAGCUGAUAAACAAUUUGUACGGCAUAGGCACCUUGACGACCUUCUCGUCCAUACUGCUGGAAUUCGUUUCGGUUAUAUAUCUGUUCAUAGAUGAUAUAGAGGACAAUAAUGCGAUGGUGACGAUAUUGGAUUUAUUCUUUCAAGCCAUUUUCUUAUUCACGACGUACCACUGCACGACUCUGGAGGCGAAUCGCGUCGAGGAAAAUAUAGAGAAAUAUGGGCUGUCUUUUCAAAACGCGAAAUGCCGCAUGGACAAAACCGAAAUGAUGCUAUAUUUCUAUCACGCAAGAUUUUGCUUCACAGCCGCUCAAUUUUUUAUUCUGGAUUUAACGCUUUUUCUCUCGGUAAAUGAAUCCUUACUCGAUUUACGCGAUUACGCCGUUAAAAAAUAUUUUUCUGCGAAUUCUUUCGUUGUUUCAGAUAUUUUCUACGGUGACAACGUUUAUAACAAUAAUAAUAUAAGCUUUGCAAUAUGAGCUGAAGAAGACAUAUCGGAAAAGGAAACGUCGCAAAGAGAGAAAGCUUCGUGCAUGUGUCGCAGUGUAUCGCACACAUAUACGUUAGAUAAAAUUAACACAGAUAACGUUACGUAAAUGAGGGCAGCAAGGAUUCUAUUUAUUACAAAAAAGAUUUCGAACAUAAAAUUCAAUACAUCAAUAUCAUAUUGGAUAAAUAUUCUAUUUACAUAAUACCACACACGCGCGCGUAAUUAAGUUAUACACGA